GGUAAAGCAGCUGAUCGGGUAUUGUUUAUUGUUUUUAUUAGAAAUGCUGCAAUUUCUGAAAGAACUUCCCAAAGUGGAAUUGCACGCCCACCUAAACGGUUCUUUGGGCAUGGACAGCCUAUGUGAACUUGCCGAGCGGCUGUACGGAUCCGCCUCCGAGGAGUUUUCCCAGCUGUGUGCUCGUUUCACCCGAUUCGACAAGGACUCGGACUUGGAUGCGUGCUUUGAGAAGUUUGCGUUUGUCCACGAGCUGACCUCCACGGAGGAGGGCUUGCGUUAUGCCACCGAGCUGGUGGUUCGGGAGUUCGCUCGCGACAACGUGCAGUACGUGGAGCUGAGGACUACUCCGAAGGCGAAUAAAAGCUAUACCCGCAGAGAGUACCUUCAGCAUGUGAUAGAUGCGAUCGGGGAAGCAAGGAAAACAUAUCCCGAUAUUCUGGUUAAGCUAUUGCCCUCCAUAAAUCGUGCGGAACCCGUGGCCGUAGCGGAGGAAACUGUGUCCCUUGCUCUGGAGUUUGCCCAGUCCCAUCCGGAUUUGAUCUUGGGUAUCGAUCUCAGCGGCAAUCCUGGUAAGGGAACGUUCUCUGACUUUGUUCCCAUACUGUCGUUGGCGCGGGAGAAGGGAUUAAAGCUGGUCCUUCACUGCGCGGAGAUCGAGAAUCCAGCGGAGAUCAAGGAAAUGCUGAACUUCGGUAUGUCUCGGUGCGGCCAUGGAACCUUCCUGACCCCAGAGGACAUUGAACUACUGAAGAGCCGAAAUAUACCCAUCGAGUGCUGCCUAACGAGUAAUGUUAAGUCGGGCACAGUGCACAGCUUGGAGGAGCAUCAUCUUAAGCGGCUUAUGGAGGCUGAUGCUCCGAAAGUGAUUUGCACGGACGACAGUGGUGUUUUUGAUACUACAUUGACGCAGGAGUUCCUGUUGGCUAAGCAGACGUUUGGAUUGACCCGAGAUCAAUGCGUUUCCCUGACCUUGGAGGCAGUGCAACAUUCCUUUGCCACUGUUGAAGAACGACAAAGUAUGGCAACCAAAGUGAAAAACUACAUGGAUAGCUUGCAGAAAUAAAGCCCUGUAAGGAAAAGGACGAUCCUAAGAACCUGAGAUCCUAAGAACCUGGAUGGUGAUAUAUGAAAACAUUUAUGUAGAAUUUAAAUUAUGAGUUGGGGGUGUAGGUGUAUAAGAGGCGUUCAAAAUACAAUGGAGUUCAAGCAUUGGUCAAGAGCGGGCACCCUUUACUGCCCCGAAGCGAAGUGGACGAUCGAAUAGGACAAGGAUCGAGUCCUUUCAUAGGUAAAAUAAUGGCUCAAAUCGGAAGCAUUUAAAGAAUUUCGUUUGCAGAAUAACCAUCCACUCCCACUCACCUAAACGGACAGAUUUUCAGUUGAAGAGGUCUUUGCCUGCCUGUUUGGAAUUCCCUAUAUACAGUUUAACUAUUUUUGUAUACUUUUAGUUUGGUUUCUUGUUAUUAUUGCUGCUUUUCUACAUGAACUGCGUGCAGCAGCUCAGCUUUAGUUUUGUCGUGCUACGAGGACCGACCAACUUAGGAGUUUAUGGUGUCGAGUUAUGUCGAAUGGAAAUAUUACUACCCGAGCUUGGAGAGCUCAAGUACAAAUCUAUGUACUAUAUAUAUAUAUAUAUUUAUUUAUAUAAAGGUUUACAUUUCUACAAUUUGGAAAAAUUCUACUAGUUGAAAAUGGUAUGGUAUGGAUCUUGCGUUUCUUCUCGAUUUGGUAUUUGGUUUCGUCAAUCGGGCAUUAAGUUUUAGGUUUUAAUCUUGUCGUUAAGUAUGUAUAAUUUUGUUAAAAUUUACGGGCCUGGUAAAAGUUUAGCUUGCCAAGGCUGAUAAAAAAUAUUUCUUUACUGAUUUACUUACUGGCUGCUCAUUAUAAAAGUUGAUCAUUUCUUGGGUAUACAUAUCAUCGUCAUAUAUAGGACAGCUAGCCUGUUCGUAUAUAAAAAAUGCGCCGUAUAAAAUGCCUCAAACUUGCGCUCACUUUUGUUGUGCCAUUUAUUUGUGUUGUAAUUUAUUUGUUAGGUUUUUGGAAGGGGCUAUAGGUUAUGGUAAGUGUAUAUUAUUUAUCUAUACGUUUAUCUUCAAUGUAAUGCUAUGUAUGCCUCGCUAAUUGCAUGCCGUAUAAUAUCAAUUUUGAUUUCAGAUUUGUUGUCAUCGCAGCCUUCCAUUUAUUGAAGCCAAUUUGUUGAAACAUGUUGAAGUUGAACUUGGGGAAUGUGUUUGGUCUAUGUUCGGGGGAAAAAUGGAAAUAAAUAUGCCAACCAAUAUCCAUGUGCCAAUCGGAAUCGGUCGAAUUGAGAAAUAAAACGUUUGCGAUUUUUGCUACAUAAUAAACUUGUUUUUUUAUUUUUGUUCACAAAGAAAUUAGCAUUAAUCGUAUCCUGUUUAAUAAUAAUGAUAAUAAUAAUAAUAAACAUAAGAGUCUAAUGCAUAGUUUAAAUCAAAUGCUCGAAUGCAAUGCUGUCCAAAUGUUAAGUUAGAUAACUUGUGCCAAUUGCUCGCCGGUUAUAAAACUAAGGGUAUCGAUCUGUUUCUGUUUCUGUUUCAUUUUGCCUUUUUCUGAUUCGGUUUUUUCCUUUCUGGUGUAUAUGUUUGUUUGUGGGUGUGAGAGUGUAACUACAAAAUAUUCUCGUAAUUAAUUAUUUACUGUAUAGUUAUAUUUAUAUAUGUAUAUGCAUUAAUAUAUAUAAUUUAUAGUUUUACUUGACGCCAGCUCUAGCAUUUGCCAUGCCCUUAAAUUUCCAGCCUUCCUUCAUCGGGUUUGCCCUCUCUUUUUACAACAAAUUACAAAUGGUUUAUUUAGUGUAUGGUUUUUAGCUAUGUCCUUAGCUUAGUUUACAGGGUUCUUUCAUCUCUCAUCGUUCGGUUUUCGAAAAAAUUUUACAAAUUCUGCUUCUGCGCGGUAUGUUAAUAUUUACUUUAAAUAUUUUGGUUACUUUAGGCCCUUCUCGAAUGGGGCAUUAAUUUGUUUGUUUGUUUGUUUUUUACAAUUGAGUUGGCGAAGGAAAUCAAAUAUCAUAUUUUGUUGUUGUUUUUUCUUUCAGCUUUUCGCUUCGCCCAACGUUACAAAGUUUACAUGUGUGUGGAGUUUACAUUUGUUGUUUAAAAUUGUUGUUGUUACAUUUUCUUUUUUUGCUCCUUUUAUUAUGGGAUUCGCUUUAGUUUUAUUUAUUUUUUUAAGAACUUGAUCCUUUAACCAAGUGUUUUACAUGCGUGCAAAAAAUUGUUACGGUAAAAACUGGACGCGUGUAGAAGACGCCAGCUUACGUGUAAAUUUCACUGUUUACAUAUACAUGUUCAUUAAAAACGUCAAGUUCAAAACUAAGUGUAUUACAUAUUCUCUAUUCGCGUGUAUAUAUAUAUAUUUAAUUAUAUAUAUAUGUUUAAAUAUUUAUAGGGAUUCUACAGCUAAGCAGCUCGCUGUGAGUGUGUGUGUGUGUUUGUGUUGUGUGAGAGUGUGGGUGUCCUGUGUGUAUCUUACACGUCAUAUGUACACGGCGUGUAGCAAAUGUAAACACAUUCUUUUGUUUCUUUAAUCUACAGAAAGCAUCUCUACUUGCAUUGUUCAUUCCGUAUCGAACGUAUCGAGAGAAUCCUAAAUACAAUGUUCAUCUAUGGAUUAUUUAAAUUAAAAUUAUCAGUGCAUUGCGCUCUAGAGACAGGCAGUUGACAAGUUAAUAACUAAUAAUAAAAGGAAAUACAAAACAAAUAAUACCGAGCCCUGCUUGCGCGCCGUUCGCUUGAAAUGCGCUCACUUUAACUACAACUGGAUGAUGCGGUUACAGGAUAAUGGAUAAUGGAAAAUGGAUGAUGGAUGAUAGUUAAUGAAUAAUGCAUCUCUCUCUGAUGAUCGGAUGGGGGAAAUGUACAGAAAAUUACAAUGUUCAAUGACUGGUAUCCUUUGCUUGCUUGUUAUAUACAAAACACGACAACGACAACGACAACAACACGACAACGAAAUUGUGUGUACAAAAAUAUGCAUAAAUACACUUUACAUUGGAUAUCCAAAAAUUGUGUGUUUUACAUAUGGAUCUUUCUAUGUGUGUGUGUGUGUUUCGACGAAACCGACAAAAAGGUCUAAAUUCGUUUUUCUUACCACCAUCUCUUCUUUCUCGUUACAUUUUCAGUAUUUCAGUAUUUUCAGUAUUUUUAGUAUUUGGAAUAAGGCGUCGCGAAGUAGUCUAAAAUGUAUAUCAAAAAAUGUACAAAAUUCUUCGGGUAUUUGUUACUUUUUACAAUGUUCGCUUCGUAUGUAUACCAUUUACAAUUUUUGUUGUUUGCAAUUUACAAGUGUUUUUCAAUGACAUUUUAAAACAAUUUUAUACACUUAUGUGAGAAGAGGGGAAAGUGGGGGUAGUAGUAGUAAUAAUAACAUUAUUAAUAUAUUCGUAGAUUUGCCGCACAGCGAAUGCAUUUCAAGCUUCGCGGGGAGCAGUAACAAGCGCUUUCUGUCUAAUAUAACAAGGUG